GCUUGCUCCAGCUUCUGCGCUUGUGUGUCCCGUCAACGUGUUUUACACCAGGAGCUUCAUCUACUAGCCGUUAUUUGGAAAAUGGCGAGCUGGUGUGUCCGGGCAGUGAGACAGAGCUACUCGCUCGUAGCUUCGCCUGCGUUAUUACGAGCGUCUCCACGACUCUUGUGUACAGCCACCCAGCAGAAGAAUGGCCACGGGUCAGAGGAGGAGGCUGAGAAGACGGAGAUCAGUGAAGCAGAAAAAGUCCUCGUGGAGCAGAAGUCUCAGGUGGAGGAGCAGCUCAAGGACAUGACGGAAAAGUACAAGCGGGCUUUAGCUGACACGGAAAACCUGCGGACACGGAGUCAGAGGAUGAUCGAGGAUGCUAAGUUAUACGGGAUCCAGGGAUUCUGCAAGGACCUGCUUGAAGUGGCAGACAUUUUGGAGAAGGCCACUGAGAGUGUGCCCAAGGAGGAGGUGACGAGCCAGAACCCGCACCUGAAGGACCUGUACGACGGCCUGGUGAUGACCAAGGGCCAGAUCCAGAAGGUGUUCACCAAGCACGGCCUGGUCAAGCUCAACCCUGAAGGCCUGAAGUUCGAUCCCUAUGAGCAUGAGGCCCUUUUCCACACUCCUGUGGAGGGCAAGGAGCCUGGCACUGUCGCCUUAGUGACCAAAGUAGGCUACAAGCUUCACGGACGCACCCUUAGACCAGCAUUGGUGGGUGUGGCUAAAUGAUGAUGAAACUGUAACAAAGUGGGAUUUAUUUUGUUGCCUGUGUGAUGGAAGACCUCGGGUACAGAAGACACUUUUUUUCCCCCACAAGCCCGUCUUCAAACUCUCCCUCCAUCCUGAGGUUCGUCAGAGAGACCGGAAUCUAGCAGAACUGAAGUUUGUGUCUGAACAGUCUUCAUUCUCUUUUACCAAAUACAUAACUUUUUUUUUUGGCAGGUUUCAGUUUUUUCAUCAGUCAUUUCAGACGUCACAGAUGGUUUAAAAUCAUGCACCAGGUCACAGGCAGAGGCUUAAUGUCUCCUCCCACUGCCACAAACUGGAAGAAAAUUCACUGGAAGAGAAACAAUUGAAUUAUUUUCACUGACAUAAAAAGUUAAGAUGAACUGUUGGUAUCAUUCCGGACUUUUGUUAAAAGCCCUAAUUAUCUCAAACUUGGCUCCUCAGUUGUUGUCAUGUUGAAUUUUUAAGUCAUUGUGUGGGGAAAAGAAACAGUUGAGAGAUUUUACUUUGUACUGAGGUGACUGCCUUUCAGAGUAAAAGCGUCUCGUCCAUGAUCAGGGUCUGUUCAGAAAACCUCAGUCGCUGUAAAUGUCUCCGUGUUGCUGGACACUGACUUGACAAUAGUUGUGUAUUUCACAGCAUCACAAUAAACUGAUCAUAUUUGAAA